UAGUACAAUUUUCAAGGUGAAGAGAAGAAGUGUAUUUUUUGGUUUUUCUGUUAUUCGCGGAGUAAAAAAUAGCAACAAAUUAUACCGCAAAAGCAAUCGAAGCAAAAAGAAUUUCAUAAUUUCAACAAUUUACAGCAAUUUGCUAGUAAAACCUGACGAAAAAGUCCCAAAUUCAACGAAAAAUAAAUUUUAAAUUAUUUGUGUGUGAAAUAGAUAAAAAAUAAAAAGCCAACAGGAAACCAAAUAAUAAGAAUAUAGUGCAAAGUGAUGAAUAUAUUUAAUUUUUAGUCAAAAUUAAAUUUAAAUUCUUAGUUAACCCAAAACAAAUUAACAACAGCUGAGCUGUGUGUCUCUUCGUCAACGUCAAUAUCAUCAUUAUCAUCAUCCUCGUCGUCGUCGUCGUUGUCUUCGUCCCUUGUGCCUACCAAGUGUUGCCGCAGUGUUGCGCGUGCGUCGUGAAGAAGAUCGUUCGACCCACAACCGGGUGGGAAGUCUCGAAAAGCGCUUGAAUGGCGCUGUAUUAAUAAAAGGAGUCAUUGAAGCCAACUUCUAAAAAGCAGAAAAUUAAUAUCAAAAUAUUUUUUGUGUGUGUUGAGAAGGAGGAGAAUAUUUAAGUGUUUAUACACCCUCCUUUUGCUUGUGUUCGUCGUGUUUUAUUUCUUUUUUUGUUUCUUUUCUUUUUCAUUUGUUUAAUGUUCGUCGUCGUCGUCGUAGUGUCUCGCCGGUUUGCUGAGUGACGAAGAGUUGUCGUAUUGUCACGUCACUAUGUAUCGUCGUCGUCGGUUGGCUAAAAUAUCGGUGGCAAGUUUCAUUUUUGAAGUGGGCAAAUCGACUCAAAUAGAACAGCAACAAUAGUGAACACUUUUUUGACAAUAGCAACAACAACAAUACCAAUACCAACAAUUUAAUAAAAUACUACUCAACCCAUCAACAAAUAAUCCAAUUGGAGGCAAUUUCAGCAAUCCUGGAUUAUUUGCUGAAAACUUUACGUCAGCUGCAAACCAUUUCGAUUAUGGCCGAGAAUCAAAGUGCAGCAAAUAGCAAAGAAGAUUCCGGUCACCAAAAACAUCAGCAACAAAAUCAACAACAGCAACAUCAAUCUAACUCAGCAGCAACAACUUCCUCAACAACUUCAUCAACUUCAAUCAACAACAUGUUUGAUCGACAACUGAAUGCCAAAUUUAAGCCCCAAUCGACGACAAAUGCCUCGUCGGGAGUUGCAGCCGCCCAAAGACGUAAUUCAUUGCUAACAACAUCGCGUGGCUCCACCGUAUCCGGUGGCAGUGUUUCUGGCAAUGCCACCGUCGGCAGCAGUGUACGAAAAUUGACCAAAGUCAAUUCAUUAUUGGGCAAUAGUAGUAAUCAUCAUCAUUAUCCUUAUCAUUCCCCAACGUCUGCCAGCAGCGCAACAGCUGCUUCAUCAACAAAUUAUCAAAUUUCACACAAUUUACAACGUACGACUAGCGAAAGUUUAAGAUUAAAUGCUCUAAGUCGCGGAGGCGGCGGUGGUGGAAAUUCUACGGUGGAUUCAAGCACAGUUUCGCGUACCGCUAGCAAUUCGAGUUUAGCUAGUAAUAAUACGACAAACACUUCCACCACAUCAUCGUUGGCACCGAAAACAACUACAACUAGCGGCGCGAGUAGUACCAAGGCUAGUUCGCCCAAUAAUAAUGGAGGUGGUGGUGGUGCAGGAACUGCAGCAGUGCGUGCCACUGUUCUUACACAACAGACGCAACAGCAACAACAACAACAACAGCAUCAUCAUCACCCACAUCAGCAUCAUCAUCAUCACCAUCACCAUCAUCAUCAUCACAAUAAUAGCAGCGGUAGCUCAACAGGUGCCGCUGGCAAUGGUGGUGGUGGUGGUGGUGCAGGAACCACUGCCAGUGCACCAUCUUCAUCAAUUAAUGCAGCUAUUGGAGCAAAUAUUGGUGGAGCAGCAGCAUCUGGUGGUGGAACCACACGCAAACCAAAGACGACUUCUUCAUUUCAAAUCACCUCCGUGACUGUGGGUCAUCCAUCGAAACACCAUCCAAGUGUUGGCGGUGUAAAUGCUGGCGGUGAUACUGGCGAUGAAUCAGCCGAUGAUUUGGAUGAAUCUCAUACGGAUGACAAUAGUCGUAUCACAGAUCUGGAGAACGAAACCCCCUCCAUGUCCGAGGACACAUCGUUCUCCAAAGAGGAAGUCUAUUAUGCAAACAAUGCAUUAAAUACCAAUGCUCCGGUCAUACCAACUAGCUCACAAUACGGCCUAGUUGUUGUCGAUCCUGGGUCGAGUUUGCAAAAUGUUCAGGUUAAUGUCUCAUCGGACAAUAUCAUUAAUGUGGUCAGUGCUGCCAAUUCGGGUGGGUCGAAAAAUAAGAAAGAUGACAGUAAAGAGGCAUCGCAGCAUCGGAGUGAACGUUUCAAAGUGGUGAAAAUUGAAUCAACUGAACCCUUUAAACGCGGUCGUUGGAUGUGUAUGGACUAUUUAGAUCAUUCUAGUGUCGGUAAUAAUGGCGGUGGCAAUUCAGGUGGCAAUUCGGGUGGUAAUAACAAUGAAAAGACUGUGGCGGAGUCCACAUUGGAGGAUCAGCAGCAGCAGCAUCAUCAUCCUCAUAAAACCACUCAAAGCAUGAUUGUGGCGCCCACCCAACUAAAUGAGAAUCAUUUAGGUGGCGGUUUGGAGGCUGCCUCAACAGAUGCCAACUGGAAUUAUAGUGAUCAGCAACAACAACAACAGCAGCAGCAACAGCAAGUUCAGUUACCCACAGCAGUAGCAGCUGCAGCUGGGCUGCAAGCCCCACCCAGUGGUGUAAUGACGGCACCAGCCACUGUGGUGCAUGGCAUACAUCCAUUGCAAAUGGAACAGCAGCAGCAGCAGCAGAUUUUCGACAAUGUCAAUGCCAAUGCUGGGUCAUCGGUAACGCCCACAAAUAAUACACAAGAUCAGACACAGACACAACAUGGACAGACUGUACCUUUGGAUUAUGCGCGAAAUGCAGCUUUACAAUUGCAGCAGACAUUGCAGCAAUUGAAGCAACGUGAAGAGGCCAUGGAGGUGACCCCGACGCCAUAUCCAAAUUAUCCCAAUGGCAGCGAUGUGGCUGGUGGCGGUAACGGUGGUGGGGCUACUGGUGCAGUCACUGCACCUAGUGCCAGUAAUAAUAAUAAUACGACGAGUUCAACGCCAGCAACUGCAACUGCAACCACUGCAGUAACUUCCACAAAUGCUCCAGCACCCCUUCCAGCCGCUCCUGCUUCAAUGAAUGAAGUACAGUUGAGCUCAAGCUAUAUAGAGCAGCAGCAGCAGCAACAACAACCUUUGUCGCCAGCUCCAACAUCCACCACUCAAACCACACCAACAUUUGCUGCCGUUGCUGCUGCAAAUGCCACACAGAUUGAUGGGAAUAUACAUUUUGCACCACAGCAACAGUUGCUGCCACAGCAGCAACAACAGCCACCAACUUCAAAUACUUCCACAGCCAAUACAGGACAGGGUCAAACAUUGCCCAUUGUCUCACAUAUGCCAUCAGCAGCAACAACGGCGACAACAACAACUGGAGCAGUUUCUGUCCCAGCUGCAACGUUGCAGAGUGCACCAGCAACAUUAGUUGAGCCACAGCAGCAGCAGCCACAACAACAACAACAACAACAAUUGGUGGUGGAACCAUCAAUCGAUCAACAAACAGCAAACGCGAGUGUUAGUGCCAAUAAUAGUAAUGUUAAUCUAAAUAUCAUGGAAGCAACAACAACAACAACAACAGCAACUACAUCAACAACAACAAAUAGUGAGGAAACAGCAGCAGCAGCAACAGCAACAUCAGCAUCAGCUGCAACUGGAGCAGCAGCAAGCACAUCGCAGCAAAUGCAACAAUUACAACAACAGCAGCCAAAUGCAGAAUCCGAGACUGAAAGUGCAUCUGGAACAAGUGCAGUUGCGAUUGACAAUAAAAUCGAACAGGCAAUGGAUCUGGUCAAAUCGCAUCUCAUGAUCGCCGUGCGCGAAGAGGUGGAGGUCCUUAAGGAGCGCAUCUCUGAGCUAAUGGACAAGAUCAACAAACUUGAGCUGGAGAACAAUAUCCUCAAGUCGAACAUACCGCAAGAGACAUUGCAACAGUUGCAGAUGCAGCUACAGAUUGCUGGUAGCCAGCAGCCAGCCGCAGUGGCAGCACCACCAGCCACACCGGCCAUCCAAGCGGCCCCAGCAUCAGCAGCAGCAGGUGGAGCAGCAGCCCCCGCUGGAGGCGCCUCAUCUCAGUCGGCAACGCCAGCAACUGCCACCAGUCCGGUUCAGUCCACAGUGGCAGCUCUGCCCAAUGGCAGCGUUGCCAGUGAGUCGAACGGCAGCAGCGAUGCGGCAGCAGCAGCGGCAGCGGCCACAGCAGCAGCAGUCGCUGCCACAGUGACGGCAGCUGCAACUGCAGUCGAGCAGCAGCAAGUGCAGUCGUCCGUCAAUGGGCCAAUGUCCUAAGCUGUUAGUUAACGGAGAAGAAGAAGAAGAAAAAGGAAGAAGCCAAGCAAAUUCUGUAAACUACAAAAAGGAAAAGAACUUCCUCAUUAAUGAUGAAGCUUUUUUUCUUUGUUGUUGUCCCGAUCACUCCCCGCCUCGCACUUACUUCUUAAGAGUGGUAUGUGAAGAAAAGAGAGAGAGAGAUAGAGGGCAGCAGAAAUUAGGAGAAAGAAGAAAGGAGUACAAGAGACAGAGGGAGACAGGAAGAGCAGAAGAAUAGCGGAGAGAGCGAGCGAUAGAGUGCGGGAAUGGUUUAGGGGGAGGGCAGAGCAACAUUUUCUCACAGUUUGACCGUCAAAAAAGUAUUAUUAUUAAUUCAUAUUAUAUAUAUAUACAAAAAUAUAUUAACAGCUGCUGCUAAUUGCGGGAAAAAUGUUUGCUCCACGCCCUGCCCCCCCUUGCCCACCCUCCUCGAAAAGACUUGCCUCCCUCCACCUACACAUCUGUUACACUCAAUCCUCCCCCUCCC